AUGUCGUCUAAGGACCCACGCUCCGUCAUCGACCCCUCCAAGUUUCUCAACAAGAAGGUCCGAGUCAAGUUCUCUGGAGGCCGCGAGGUGGAGGGGACCCUCAAGGGCCACGACGCCGUUUGCAACUUAGUGCUGGACGACACGGAAGAGUUCCUGAGAGAUCCUGAGGACUCAAGCCGAUUGCUGGAGACCACGCGAUCUCUGGGGCUUAUUGUGGCACGAGGCAGCGCCAUUGUGUUGAUUUCCCCAGUGGACGGCGUGCAGCGCAUCGAGAACCCGUUUAUUGGGGUAGACGCUCAGUGA